UCAACGGAUAAUUAAGUACAUAAUACUAUACAGUUUAAUGGAAACAUUUUCUUUCCCUUAGGUGUACCGUUAAAUUCUCCCUCGGAUGUACGAAUGACUAAACUAUAAACUUGAGGAUAAAAGAUGGAUCUUCUUGUGAAGAAACUGCACUCGCCUAAGGAUGUCCAAGUGAUUACAAUAUAUACCGUAACUUGAUCCUUGCAUGGAUGUAUAUUUAAAUUGCGUGAGAACAUUAUUAGAUCUGUUGUAUUGCCCUAUGAAGGUACCGAUGCUUAUCUGAAGUGAACGCUUCAAUGUGUGGAUGAUUCUGACGAACUAGUAUUGUACAAAGAUACAAGAUACAUCGUACAAAUCAAAAUGUGGAUUUUUCGUACACAACGAACAACAGUUAUGGCAGUCAUUGCUUUUACCUGUUUUAUCUCGAAAGGUAAGAAUGCGGUGAUUUCCCAGACGUUUAACGGCGAAAACCUGUCCUGUUACGACUGCUCGGAGAGUUUUAAAGUAUUGUGGACCCCGUUCACAGAUUGCCAGUCCAACCUCUCCAACGUGCCACUGGCGAAAUGUCACUACAAGGACAGAUACUGCAAGGUGGAGAGGACGUCUGUGAAGGGGAUGACCAUUAGUGUGGCACGUGGCUGCGCCGAGGAGUGUUUCUAUGGUUGCAGAAUAGAAGGAUUUGGCGUUACGCAGCUAAAAUGCACUUCCUGUUGCAGACAGCCCGGGUGUAACACGGGCAACGAGGCCAAGAGAUUACGUCUGUCUGCAAAGACACUGACCCUAUCGCUGUGGUUGUGUGGAUUAGUGACGUUCUUCUCGGAGGGUCAGCCGCUAUCAUAGCGGCACAAACGAGAUGAUAUGUGAACGUGGAGCUGACUUCGUCAAUCCUCCCAGCACUGCUGUAUAAAAUAGAGAUAUUCUACGACAAGGAGUACGAUAAAUGUACAGGUUUCUCAGAGGAGAAGAAAAACAAAUCUAGUUUCGUUUCAAAACCAGAAUUUUUUUUUAAUAUGCAAUUUUAAUUGUUAAAAUGGCUGUAUUAAUAUGAAACAGUCCCUUUCCAUCAUUCUGUUCUUCUGAUUAUUUUCGCUUAUAAAAACGUUACAUUAAAA